AUGCAGACAUCAUUUAUAGGCUCUUUUCCAGCUGGAAAAAUGGAAAUUUGUAAGGCUCCUGUACUGCCUUGUAUAAAGUGCGAGAAGAAGGAUGAGGACAUUGAGAAUGUAUAUGUUGAGCUUCCUCCCUACCAUAGCUACAUGGACUCAACAUCUGGGCAGCUUGAACCAGCAUCUGGUGCUCGUGCUAGUGUUCCAGAACAGGAGUAUUGGCCAGAAGGCACUGCUGAUCGAGUUAGGGCUGCCAGGGCUCCUGAACCAACAGGCUUGUCUGCAGGAUCUCCAUCAUAUGGCAAAAGGCCUGGAAGCAGGAGGAAAAAGUAUAAAGCUUCAGUGGCUGCUCAUGAAUCCUCUGAAGCAAGCAUAGAAUUCAGUGAUUCCGAGGCACCUGAAAGUACCGAGGAGACGAAAGAUGAGCCUAAAGAUGUGUCAUCUGACUAUGUAAUAUAUGAUACAGAACCCGAGGAAGAAGAAACCGGAUAUGAAUUUGACAAGAAGCUUGGCCGUCCCCAUUCCUUUAUUGAUCCAAAAGUGAAGAAGCCAAUCGAGGAAACUCUUCCAGAGGAAGAAUUAUGGUGGAACUGGCGAAAGCCAGAGAAUGAACAAUGGUCCAGAUGGCAAAGGAGGAAGCCUGAUGUUGAAACGGUUUUCCUCAAAGCAAUGGCCAAAACUGGGCAGGUGAAGCUUUAUGGUAAGGAACCAACAUUAACGGAGGUUUCUCUUUACAGAGCUAGAAAACAUCUUUACAAGGAUGAACGACUUAGAGCUGAACAAGAGAGACUGGAAAGGAUAGGUCCAAUAGCAUAUUACUCAGAAUGGGUGAAAGCAUGGAAGGCAGACACUUCAAGAGAAGCUAUUCAGAAGCAUUUUGAAGAGACUGGUGAAGAUGAAAAUGCCCAACUGAUUGCAAUGUUUUCCCAUCAAACAGAUCGAGAAUUUCGCAUAAUGAUGGGGACUGAUAUUCGUAUUCGUAGAGAUCCUUUAGCAAUGAGAAUGGGAGAGGAUGAAAUAAAGCAGAUUUGGGGAGGAGAUCCUGUUUACCCUACCAUCAACUACAUUCAAGAUCCAAAUGAAAUAAUUGAUUACAGGGGCCCAGAUUUUCAUGAACCAACACCCAAUAUGCUGGAUUACCUGAAAGAGCAUGGCAAAAUCAUAUCUAGGGAGGAGCUUGAAAAAAUUCUGGCAAAAGAAAAGACGGAACAACUUGAGAAGUUUGAACUUGAUAGUGCUUUCUCUUGGUUGGUGGAAGAGGCUACUUAG